ACACAAGAUUUUCUUGGUGAAAUUGUUAAAGAAUUGUGUAAUCUGUAUAAUGAAGAAAGAUCUAAAGACAAAGAUCUUAAAUUAGUUAUUGAAGUAUUGGAUCAAUUUCUAGCAGAAAAGAAGCAAAAUUCCGAU